AUGGAAGCUUUUCACACUCCCAUCAGCAUACCCAUUUCAUUCACUUUUGGAACUAGUGGAGGUAGUAGUAGUGGCGCCCCUACCACCCAUUCCAAUGCUAGUCCUUGGAUGGACUGCAGGAUAUGGUGUAGACUCCCUCAGAGGUUGAUUGAUCGGGUGAUCGCCUUCCUUCCACCACCAGCCUUUUUUCGAGCCCGGUCGGUCUGCAAAAGAUGGUAUGGGCUCUUAUUUUCCCACACCUUUCUUGAAUUAUAUCUGCGAGUAUCACCUCGCCGCCAUGGGUUUCUAUUCUUCAAGCUAAAAAACCCCAAGACCCUUAUCUAUAGGAACAAUGGUGGUGGAAAUGGCAGUGAAAGAGUCAACUAUGAAGGAUACUUUUUUGAUCCUCAGACCAUCACAUGGUACCGUUUUUCUUUCCCAUUGGUUCCACCGGGAUUUUCUCCUGCUUCAUCCUCUGGUGGGUUAGUCUGUUGGAUGUCUGAGGAUUCUGGUUCCAAGGGUCUGAUACUCUGCAACCCACUUGUGGGGUCCUUAACUCCAUUGCCUUCAACACUCAGACCUCGGCUAUUUCCUUCAGUAGGUUUAGCUGUCAGCAACUCAUCCAUCGACAUAGCAGUUGCUGGAGAUGACUUGGUCUCUCCUUAUGCUGUGAAGAACUUGUCCACAGAAAACUUUCAUAUUGAUGGAGAUGGGUUUUAUUCAAUAUGGGGCACAACUUCCUCCCUUCCUAGGCUUUGUAGUCUUGAAUCGGGUCGAAUGGUUUACAUUGAAGGCCAAUUCUACUGCAUGAACUACAGCCCAUUCAGCAUUUUGGCUUACGAUGUCAACACAAACCAUUGGUGUAAGAUUCAAGCUCCAAUGCGUAGAUUUCUUCGUUCACCAAGCUUGGUUGAGAGUGGAGGGAAGCUUAUUCUAGUUGCAGCAGUUGAGAAGAGCAAGCUUAAUGUGCCAAAGAGCCUAAGGCUUUGGUCGUUACAAGCCUGUGGGACAUGGGUAGAGAUUGAGAGAAUGCCACACCAACUUUAUUUUCAAUUUGCAGAGGUUGAAGGCGGACAUGGAUUCGACUGCAUCGGGCACGGGGAGUUCAUCAUCGUUAUGAUUCGACGAUUGGGGAAGGCGUUGCUGUUUGAUUGCUGCAGAAAGAGGUGGCUAUGGAUUCCUCCAUGUCCCUACGUUCAUGGUUCUGGUGGCAAUGGAGAAGGUGGCGAAUUGCAUGGUUUUGCCUAUGAGCCAAGACUUGCUACACCUGUGACUGGACUUCUUGAUCAGUUGACACUUCCCUUUCAGUCAUUUCAUGGAUAG